AUGGCAGAUUUGUCUUUGACAGCUUGUCUGGGUUAUGCGCAUGCAAAGCUUGCUUGCGAGCAUCGACUCGACAAGCUCGAUGCACACCUGAAAGCGUCAGGAUCGAGCUGCCUAGACAGUGUUGCCGUCCGUAUCGGUCAGCUCAGCGGACCCGAGUGUACGGGCGAGUGGGCCACGGCCGAACACGUGGCGAUGAUAGUACAGUCGUCCAACACAAUUCGAGCGCUUCCAAGGCUCACAGGGGAAGCGUCAUGGAUACCAGUUGAUCGAGCAGCAAAGGCCAUGGUCGAGCUAGCCAACGUCAGUCAUGGCAGUCGCGAAUCCACCAAUGCAACAUCGACACCAAGUAGAACCUUCAACAUUCUCCACUUGGAGAAUGGAGCUCGACGAUCGUGGGCUGACAUUCUAAAGAUUUUUGCUCGGAAUAUGGAUCUCAGCAGCGCCGACACACUCGAGUGGGAAGCAUGGCUCGCCUCAGUGCAAAAGCUCGGCAAUCAGAUCGACGACAGUGUUCCGCAGACGCCAGUAGACGCAAAUCCGUGCAGCAAGAUCCUUGAUUUCUUGCAACAAGACUUCUUGCGGCUAGGUACUGGCGGGGUGGUGCUCGAUCUGGCCAAAGCCAGGUCCUAUUCACGCACUCUCAGGAACUCCCAAGCAAUCAGCGAUGAGCUUAUCAAACUCUAUAUUGAUGGUUGGAAAGGACAGCGCUGGCUUCGAUCUCCAAUUCGGCGGACCAGCGCCUGA